AUGUCUGUUCGUGCGCAAUCCCGAUCAUCGUCAUUCAUGUCAACGAAGGGUACUCCAUCACCAUUAGAGUUCUCAACUCUCCCACAAACAGUUUUGAAAGCGGAAUACGCCGUUCGUGGUGAAGUUCCAAUGAGAGCCGACGCAUUGAAGAAGAAAUUACUUGCUGGUGAAAAACUUCCAUUCGACAGCAUCAUUGCUUGCAACAUUGGUAAUCCAUAUGCUGUUGGCAAAAAGAUGAUUAAAUUCCCAAGACAAGUUCUUGCAUGUGUAGAAGAUCCAGAUCUCUUGGAAGUUCCUUCAAUUCCUGAGGAGGCUCGCGAGCGUGCAAGAGAAAUCCUUAAAAACUUCCCUGCAGGCAUGGGCUCAUACACUCAUUCACAAGGCUUAGAAUUCGUCAGACAGCACAUUGCAGAAUUCAUCAAGAGACGUGAUGGCGGCGUUCCAUGCGAUCCAGAUAAAAUCUUUAUGACAACAGGAGCUUCAUCAGUUGUUUCUGCCGUUUUGAAGAUGCUUAUCAGUGAUCCAAGUGUUGGUAUCCUUACUCCAUUCCCAACAUAUCCAUUGUACACAGCCGAAAUCACUCUUAACAAUGGAAGAAUCGUUCCUUAUUACCUUAAAGAGUCUGCUCAGUGGGCCAUGGACGUCGAAGAGCUUGAAGAUGCUUAUUCCAAUGCCCAGAAGGAAGGAAUCAACGUUAAGGCCAUUGUUAUCAUUAAUCCAGGAAAUCCAACAGGAUCUGUCAUGACAGCACAACAAAUGCGCCAAGUCGUUGAUUUCUGUGAACAAAACAACAUCCUUAUCAUCGCUGAUGAAGUUUACCAGUACAAUAUUUACAAUCCAGAACGACCAUUCAUCUCAUUCAAGAAGAUCAUCGCAGAAAUGAAAUCAUCAGUACAGCUUAUCUCCAUGAACUCAAUUUCCAAAGGAUUUAUGGGAGAAUGCGGUCAUCGUGCCGGAUACAUGGAAUUAUUCCACAUUCCAGACGAAGUUAAGGCCCAAUUCUACAAACUCGCAUCAAUUGGUCUUUGUCCUAAUACAGUUGGCCAGAUUAUCAUGGAUAUAAUGUGUGCUCCACCGACAUCUUCCGAAUGUUCCAAAGUUUGGGAGGAACAGAAGAACAGAGAGCUCCAAAACUUAAAGGAGAAGAGCCAGACACUCUACAACUGCAUCAACAGCCUUCCAGGAUUGAAAUGCCAACCAGCAGAUGGAGCAAUGUAUCUUUUCCCAUCAGUAAACCUCCCAAUCAAAGCUCUUGAAGAGGCAAAGAACCUCAGAAUCAAGGGAAAGACACCAGCUCCUGAUAUGUUCUGGUGUUUGCAACUUCUCGAACAAACAGGAAUUGUUGUUGUCCCUGGAUCAGGUUUCGGACAAGUUCCAGGAACAAACCACUUCAGAACAACAUUCCUUCCUGAAGCUGAGAAGAUGGACGCUGUCAUCGACAGAUUAACCAAAUUCCAAACUGAAUUUAUGAAUAAGUAUGGCUAA